CACGGCGCAGGGAGUAGACUUGCUGCUGAACCCUCGUUUGACAAAACCGUCUUGGAAGAAGACAGCCUAUACCCUUUUUUCCUUUUAUCCCGUUGCCAUUUCAUUUCGAUCUGCACCCCGAAUGCGCUCGGAGGACUUACAUGUGUGCUACCUUGUACUUGUUUGUUUUGUGAAUUUCAACGUACCUGAUUGUAGAAUGAGAACUGUGUUUAGAACACGGGUUUAGUGGUUGGAAAACCUCUCCUUCUCUGCCACAACCGGCUGAAAAGGGCUCUGUGUGAUAUGUGCUUCACGUGUUUGCGCGCAACAGUAAGGUAACUCCGUUUAUUAUUGCCGAGAGCUGACCGUUAUGCACAUCUGAUCACAAGUGCAUAUGUGAAGGACUUGGAUUCUACUGUAGGUCCUGUCUUAUCUGUGAAUGCGGCGUCUAAACCUGGUCUGUCAACGAGGGAGGUUCCGACAGAGGAGGGCAUGCGUUCUUUGAAAAUUUUGAAGUGGAAUUCACAGCGCGUUUGGAUUAUUUACCCGGAGAUGAUUGUGUUUCCAAUCCUUUGGUUUUUAUCCCAGACUCGAGCGGCGCCUUCUCUAACGGCCGAACAGAUGGACAUGGGGGUGCCAAGAGGACCAAGCCUUCUGCCUUCUCACCUUCUUCAGUCAAGGGACUGGCUAAGCAAGUUCGGCUACCUGCCGCCCCCAGACCCCGUGACGGGGCAGCUGCAGACUAAGGAGGCGCUGACCAAAGCCAUCAAAGCCAUGCAGAGGUUUGGGGGCCUGGAGGAGACAGGCGUGCUGGACCAAGCUACUCUGGGCCUGAUGAAGACUCCGCGAUGCUCCCUGCCAGACUUAUCUGCAUCAGAGAGCCCCGUAGGACGGAGAAGAAGAGCUGUCACACCCCAGAACAAAUGGAACAAGAGACACCUGUCCUGGAGGGUGCGGACAUUCCCUAAGGAGUCUGCACUGCUGGGCCGGGACACGGUGCGGGCGCUUAUGUACUAUGCCCUGAAGGUGUGGAGCGACAUUGCACCGCUCAACUUCCACGAGGUGGCCGGCAACGAGGCGGACAUCCAGAUCGACUUCACCAAGGCUGACCACAACGACGGCUACCCGUUCGACGGGCCGGGCGGGACGGUGGCACACGCCUUCUUCCCAGGUGAACGCUUUACGGCGGGGGACACACACUUUGACGACGACGAGGCCUGGACAUUCAGGUCACCAGACUCGCACGGGAUGGACCUGUUUGCGGUGGCCGUGCACGAGUUCGGCCACGCCAUCGGGCUGGCCCACACGUCGGCCAUGGAGUCCAUCAUGCGGCCGUACUACCAGGGCCCUGUGGGCGACCCGCUCAAGUAUGACCUCCCCUACGAGGAUAAGGUCCGAGUCUGGCAGCUCUACGGGGUGCGAGAUUCGGUGUCGCACACAGUCCGCCCAGAUGACCCUUCCCGCACUGCAGAUCCACCAGUUCUGCUGGACCUUCCUGAGAACAGGUCCACCGUCCCGCCAGCGCGCGAUGCCCCCGACAGAUGCACCACUCACUUUGAUGCAGUGGCCCAGAUUCGAGGCGAGGCCUUCUUUUUCAAAGGGAAGUAUUUUUGGCGUCUGACUCGGGAGAAGCACCUGGUGUCUCUACGUCCAGCUCAGAUCCACCGCUUCUGGAGAGGACUGCCCGCCAACCUGGACAGCGUGGACGCCGUCUACGAAAGACCAGGCGACCACAAGAUUGUCUUCUUCAAAGGAGUGAAGUACUGGGUGUUUAAAGACAACAAUGUAGAGGAGGGCUACCCACGGCCUAUAAGUGACUUUGGGCUCCCCAUGGAAGGCGUGGACGCUGUGUUUGUGUGGCUGCACAACGACAAGACCUACUUCUUUAAGGACAACCGCUACUGGCGCUAUGACGACCACCUGCGGCGGAUGGACCUGGGCUACCCCAAGGACAGUGCACUCUGGAAAGGCAUCCCCAUGCAUCUAGACGAUGCUAUGCGUUGGUCCGACAGCGCCUCAUACUUCUUUAAAGGGAAGGAGUACUGGCGGGUGAUGGGCAGUGACAUGGAGGUGGAGGCCACCUACCCACGCUCCAUCGCCAAGGACUGGCUGGUGUGCACCGAGAUGCAGUCGGACUCGCCGGCCACCGAGGCCAACCGCUCGGACACGCGGCUCCGUGGGCCGCACCACGCCGACCACGCGGAGAACGGCUUCGAGGUGUGCUCCUGCACCUCGGACCACGCCUCGCCGGGGGGCACUCAGCUCUCCCUCUCGCCCUUCUGGGUACUGGCCCCUCUCUGGACACUCUGGAUGGCCCUAUCGGCGGCCCCGGGGCCCCUCUGAUGACUGGCAGGCCGAGGGAGCGGGCGAGCGAGCGGGCGGGCCGUGGACUGGACUUGAAGACCUGGAGCGUUUCUGGCUACUAAGCCCCACACUUGGCCCAGGUGCUGGGAGGGCCGAGGCGAGACAGGGCUAGCUGGCUCAGUUGGAGAGUGGCAGAGGGGACAAGACUGGACUCAUAACGGCUCCCCUCUAUCAGACUGGCAGACGCCGAUUAGGCCUCUGGACACCUCUCCACCUCUCUGUCUGGCCGCUUGUUCUUGUGUUUAAACUGGAAUAGUUCAAUUAUUAUUAUUAUUUUAUUAUUAAUAUUAUUAUUAUUAUUAUUAUUAUUAUAAGCCCUUCCUAUUUCUCAUAAGUACUAUGUUUGUAAUGGUGAUAACAACAAUAAUAAUAAUAAUAAUAAUAAUAAUAACUUGGAGCAAAAACUUCUCAAUGGGGCUCCCUGCGUUUCUGCAGUCUAGGGAUGAGAGGCAUCAUGGGCUGUUUCCUGUCACAUGACCUCUCAUCAUUCUGAUCACUAUAAGUGCUUUAAGAAUCCAAUCACUUGUUUCUCACUGCUGAGAACCUUCUGGAACGUGUUGGACCUCUCUUUCCUCUGACCACAUGCACAUAGUUACUCAUUCUCUCUCUCUCUCUCUCUCUCUCUCUCUCCACUUUCCAGUUAUCUAUCUAUGAGUCUCUUUCUUCUGUUUUUGUCUGUUUCAAUUCAUCUUGUUACAGUGCAUUUAAUAUCCGGCAGGCUUUUCCCAGAAGUGACAAAAUAGUCAUUGUCUGUAUUUUUAUAAAGCAGCUACAGUCACUUAUGAAGGACUUGCAUGAUCUGAGAUUCACGUUGCCUUUCGUUGCCACAGUUACCCAUAUAUUUUUGUUUUGUUUUUGUUUUUGUUUGUUUCAACAUGUUCUCCUGCUUUGGAGACAGAAUGCUGUUUCCUUUGGUUUAAGUCUUUCCUACUAAUAUCUCAGUGUAGAGGGAGUUUUGUGGCCAACACAGAGAGACUGAAAAUGCCAAUCAGCUCCAGACUCUGGAUCUGUUGAUAGUGCACACAUAUCACAACUGGAUUUGUCAUUGCUAAGAAAUAUUUACAUAUAUAAACAUAUAUGUACACACAGAUAUAUUUAAAGUGAAAGGUUAUAUGGCAGUUGCAAAAUGUAAAUUCUGGGCUGUCUUUUCUAAGGUGAGAUAUUUUUGUAGAAAAAAUAAUAAUAAAGUGGAGUUUGAAGAAGGCCUUUGGUGAAA